CGCUCAUAUCCAAGCACUUCCGGGUCACUCGAGCUUCUCCGCGCCUUUUCACUUUAUACUGUAGGAGGUUUGACCGAAACCCGCAGCGGUGAUCUUGUUAGUAUAAUGUUGUUUUGUAUUAAGUGCAUUUACAGAACAUUCGCAUCAAGCUCAGCUCCGUUUCCCGGAUAAAUCAUCACAGAAACAUGCUGCUACCGUCUGAUGUGGCCAGACUCGUGCUCGGGUACCUGCAGCAGGAAGGGCUGAGUGCUACAAGCCGAGCCUUUAUCCUGGAGAGCCCGAACCUCAGGGAGUAUGCUGAGCACAGCUCUGACGAUGGAGUCAUUCCUGCAUGCGUGUUUUCUCUCUUUGGAAAAAACCUGACCACAAUUUUAAAUGAAUACGUUACUGCAAAAGCAAAAGAAACAUGUCAAGAGAAUCAAAUCCCAGCUGUCAUGACCUCAUUAUGGAAAAAGCUGGACUUCACCCUCAACCAAAUCAAAUCUAUGCAAAACUCUCCCUCUGUUCAACAAAUCCAGCGGCUCCGCACUCAGAACAGUAUUCAGAAUAUGCGGCGUCAGAGGGCCCUGUCCUCAUCUCCGAUUCCUGCCACCGGGUGCCUCUCAGUGUCCACGCCAGUGAACUGUGUCCCCAGGCCUGUCCCAGCUCCUCAGGGCAUUCUGGGACACUCCACCCCUGUGUGCUACACCUCCCAGCAGACAAGACCCUCCACCAUCGGCCUCUCUCAGCCAGUAGAGGCACCUUUGCAAAUCAUGGUACCGGACCAUAGAUUUACCCCAGGACCGUUAUCUCCAGCUCGCAGGAAAUGUGACUCUCCAAGGCGAAGAGGAGGUCAGAUGGGGAUUAGCAGAGCCGUUACGGUGACCAGCACGCUCACGGUGGAAUCACAGAACCAGGAGGCUGUGACGGAGAAUUUAUCCCAAAUGGUGAUUGAGAAUGCCCGAGAAAAGAUUCUGAGUGACCGAUCUUUACAAGAAAAGCUUGCAGAGAACAUAAACAAAAUCCUGGCCAGCGAUAACAGCCCUCAGACAUCGAAGGCAGUGUGCAGCACAGUGGAGCAAGAACAGUCCAUAGAUGAAAUACUGGGCCUACAGGGUGAAAUUCAUAUGACUGAUGAUGCCAUCCAGGACAUCCUCGAACAGACCGAGUCAGAUCCUGCCUUUCAGGCUCUCUUUGAUCUCUUCGAUUAUGGAAAAAAUAAAACGUCCGAAGGAAGUGAGAAUGUUGAUAAAAGCAGCAGCGUUCAGGAGAGUGAUGAGCCUGGUCAUGUGGACAGCGCGACAGAUGCAGGGACUGGACAGGAGGAUUCUACAUCAGGUGGCGAAACCUCCAUGAGAAUCCUCAGGAGUAGGACUGUAAAAGAGGCAAAAAACAAACGAAAGACAAGCAUCCCUCCCGAUACAGGCAGGCCGGCUCCGGCACCCUCUCAGUCUUGUGCGGUUACUAAACAAACAGCAACUCCAACAGGAACUGCACAAGACAAAAAAGGCAGAAGCAGAGUCUCUGGCAGCAAGAAGCAGGCCGGAGGCACAAGCUCUACUUUGAAAGGGCAGAUGAACAAUAAAACUCAGUGUAAUUCAUCGUCUGAUCCAAAUGCAUCAAGCUCCUCUCUGUCUGAAGAAGGCGCAAGCAUGGAGGUGGAUGAGCCAACGUCUGAAACGUCUUUGGAUUACAGUACUGAAGGGACGCCACAACGAGUGCUUCAGGAGAUCUCUCAGGCUUCAAAAAGCAGUGAAAAAGCUCCAGUUUCCACUAAGCAAGCAGAAGCCAUUCCUGAAGCAGGGGCGGACACAUCGGGGGAUACUUUUGGAGCAGAGAUGGCCGGAAGGACGCAACCAGUUGAAGGAGCUUCAGGCCAAAGUGAGCUUGACAGAACAAAUGAUACCUCCAUGUCUAAGGAAGCAUCAAGUCAGCAGCUAGCAGCAAAUAAGGUUCCUUUGCUCAAUACAGUAAUGCAGGAGGAGGAGUCAAACUCCAAUACGACCAAGACAAGCAGCCCGGGACCUAUUUCCUUUGAGCCGUUAUCUUCGGUUGUAUCUGCAUCUACAACCACCUCCCCCUCCUUCUCCACAGUUAUCAGUCCUUCCCAGUCUCAAACCAGCGAGUCUGAUCCUAAUAAGAUCGUAGCUCUUAAGAUCAUCAUCAGCGAUGAACAGGAGCAGCAGGGCGGUGACUCUGCUCUAAACCAAGCUGUCUCCAGCAUCAGCGGCGACCGCAUCCCAACAAUCUUCCUGUCUCCGCCAGCCAAAUCUCUGACUAAGGUAUUGUCAUCUACCCCUGGCUCUUCCAUCACCCCAGAGGAGACGGCUCAGGCAGUGAGCAGCUUGCAGGGGGCCAAAUCUGCCGAAGACCCAGUCGUAAGUGUGCAGAACAAUUUGCAACCUGCACAGAUAAGACCCAUGGCACCAGAGACUGGUUUCAUCCAGCUGUUACCUGCUAACCCAACAUUCGGAGGACCGAGCAGCUAUUUUGUCGUGACUGAUCCAAAUUCAAGAGUUGACCAGCAUUCCAGUAUGAUGCUGCUUCCAGGUGGUGCAGGAGAAGGAGCAGUAUGUUCUACACCACACGCUGUGGCUACACCACCUCGAUCUCGAGCUGUGGUUUCCAUUGCGUCAAAUGUAGCUCGACCCUUCUCACCUGCAUCAACCAUCAUCAUUUCCUCACCGGUUCAGCCCGUGAUACAGAAUAUGGCAGUCCCAGUGUCUGUCUUAGGACCGAACAGUACAGGAAAACUCACUGUGGUACCCAGUCAGAUGUUGACUUUGCCUGUUCCGAAAUUGGUGAACCAAUCGGCAAUUGUGUCAAAACCUAAACUGGUGCCUAAGGACAAUGUGGAAUUGGGCAAAGCUAUUGCACCUGUUAAUGGGUCCAGCCAAGUCUCAAACAGCCCUCAGGGCUCAGAACAGCUAAACAGCAUGACUGAAGCAAGCCCUAGUCACCGAAGAAUGCUUUGCUUUGAUGACGGCACUAGCCAGACAAGUACAAAUGCAGCUGCUAUGAAGGAGUCCAUUACGAAGGAGUCCACAAGUACAGAGUGUACCCACACUUGUAUUUCAGGCAACAGUAAUGCCAAGAGAAGGGUCGAGACCAUAAGAUUAUCAGAGCCAAGUCAGAGUACAGGAACAAAGGAAUCUGAAAAGGCUCCUACACCUCCGCAGCAAAAAGAAGCUACAAAAAGCACAAGAACAGAAACGGAGACUGAUCAGACGGUCAAUUCCAGUACACCCUUAACCAGUGCUGUUCAGCAAAAUCCGUCUGUUAGAUUGGAGUCCAAAAAGAGAAUACAGCCCCCAUCAAGUAUGGAAGGUGAUUCGGCAGCAUUAUCGAAAUCUGAGCACAGUUUAAAGUCUUCCUCUCCGAACCUCAAGCCCAAGUCUACCGGCAUCACAAAAGACACUUCACAAGAAGAAAAAUGUGAACAAAGACCUGCGAAAACACCAGAGGGGCCGUCCGAGAACAUCACGCAGAAUUCGCCCAACGUCACUGCAAAUAAGGAGAACGAAGUAGAAGGCGGUUGGCAAGAGCUGCGUCAAGCAGCUGCCCCAAUGUUGUCUACAGUAAGAUCUCCUACAUCUGUAUCUCAGGGUGGUUUGGGGAAACCAGCAUGCAAAACAAGCCCACUUACCAAACAGGCAGUGGAGAUGCUACAGGACAUCCAGAGCCAGAGUCCCAUCGCCACGCCACCCAGGAGGAUCGGCUCCUCAGACCUACCGCUUCCAAAAACGCCUGUCCCAGGUCGUCUCCAAGAGGACUUCCUGGACGGUUCGAGAACGCCGUCAAGGCAAAGGCAGGGGCAUGAAGGAGAGGGCACGCCCAAACACCUAGCUCCUCCUGCUACACCUGACCUUCCUACCUGCAGCCCAGCCAGCGAGGCAGGGAGCGAGAACAGCAUCAACAUGGCUGCCCAUACACUCAUGAUCCUGUCACGCGCAGCCAGGACAGGAGGGCCUUUAAAAGACAGCUUGCGCCAGGAGGAGGCUGAUACGGCCAAAUCGAUUGCUUCCAAAGGAAAGAAGCGCAAGCAAACUGAACUCAGCCCAACAGCAAAGAAGGAACUGCACCUCACAGGUUCAUCAGGCAGUAAGAAGAAAGCUAAGAAGCAGAAGAAGUUUCUUGAUUCUUUUCCACAUGACCUAGAUGUCGACAAGUUCCUGUCAUCGCUGCAUUAUGAUGAAUGAGGAACCGGGAAAAAAAAAAAAUGCUAAAGAGGCAACGAGAAAGAUGACGCCAAGAGAGGACACAAGAACAAAAUACUCGUUUCUCAUGCUUCAUAUUAGUUAUGUAUAGUUGUUGUACAUGUGUGAUUCUUACUAUAAAAUGGAUUAUUGUAUAGCCACACUUACUCACUACUGUUCAUCAUUUAAAUCCACAUCUAUAUAGUACAGUACAUGUUAUUUAUAUUAAAGUACUACGUUUUACUGGCAGUUCAGCUUCAUUGUACAGUAGCUCAAAGGGACACGAUACUUUUGUUAAAUGAAAUUUUAUAAACGGCACCUUUUUUUAAACUUCUCUGGAAAGCUUCUAAACGACAUACAAUUUCUAAAUAAGUUUUUUUUUUUUGUUUGUUUGUUUUAUUAAAUCUGCUAGCAGCUUGGUGCAUAAAAGCUUGCAGAUUGGGUCUGAUCUGCAGUUAAUGUUCUUAUAAAACAGAAUAAAAAAAAAAAUGGGGAAA